UGCUCCCUGGAGCGAGCGGCGGGCUCAGCGAUGGCGGAGGCCGUGGAGCGCACCGACGAGCUGGUCCGGGAGUACCUGCUCUUCCGCGGUUUCACGCACACGCUGCGGCAGCUGGACGCCGAGAUCAAGGCGGACAAGGAGAAGGGGUUCCGGGUGGACAAGAUUGUGGACCAGCUGCAACAGCUGAUGCAGGUGUAUGACUUGGCUGCCCUUCGGGAUUAUUGGAGCUAUCUGGAGCGCCGACUCUUCAGCCGGUUGGAGGAUAUCUAUAGACCCACCAUCAACAAGCUGAAAACCAGCCUGUUCCGCUUUUAUCUUGUCUACACAAUCCAGACGAACAGAAAUGACAAGGCUCAAGAGUUCUUUGCAAAGCAGGCCACGGAGCUCCAGAACCAGGCUGAGUGGAAGGAUUGGUUUGUCCUGCCCUUCCUGCCAUCCCCAGACACCAACCCCACCUUUGCUACCUACUUUUCUAGACAGUGGGCCGACACCUUCAUCGUGUCCCUGCAUAACUUCCUGAGCGUCCUGUUUCGGUGCAUGCCAGUUCCUGUGAUCUUGAACUUUGAUGCGGAGUGCCAGAGGACCAACCAGGUGCAAGAAGAAAAUGAAGUUCUGCGUCAGAAGCUUUUUGCCCUGCAAGCUGAAAUCCACCGUCUGAAGAAGGAAGAGCAGCAGCCGGAAGAGGAAGAGACGUUGGCCCAACACAAACUGCCUCCUUAUGUUUCUAGUAUGGACCGCCUUGGGGAUUCUGAGCUAGCCAUGGUGUGCGGCCAGAGGACCGCCUCGCUCUCCCAGUCGCCUCGAGUGGGUUUCCUGUCUUCACUGCUGCCUCAGAGUAAGAAGAGCCCCUCAAGGUUGUUGCCUGCCCAGGGCCCCCCUCAGGCCCAGAGUUCAGCCAAGAAGGACGCGCUCAGCGGUCAGACCACCAAAGGGAAGGACUUGCCACCUGGAGCCAAGGAUGGGAAGAGCCUUCUGGGCGGGCCCAGCCCGGGGGAAGCCAGCUGCACCCAGCAGCGGCAGCGGCGCUUGCAGGACCACGGCAAGGAGAGGAGGGAGCUGUUCUCCACCUCCUCCUCCUCCUCCUCCCAGGCUACAGAGAAGAAGCCAGAAGUUAGUGGCCCAGAGGCUGAGCCCUGUCCAGAGCUCCACAUAGAGCCAGUGGAGCCAUUGACACGCGUGUCCACCUCAGGCCCUGAGGGAGGAGGAGGCCGCCCAGAGCAGCCCUUCAUUGUGCUGGGCCAGGAGGAGUUCGGGGAGCACCACUCAUCCAUCAUGCACUGCAGAGUGGAUUGCUCAGGAAGGAGAGUUGCCAGCUUAGACGUGGACGGUGUGAUCAAAGUCUGGUCCUUCAACCCCAUCAUGCAGACCAAGGCAUCCUCCAUUUCCAAGUCACCGCUGCUCUCUCUAGAGUGGGCCACCAAGCGGGACAGGCUGCUCCUGCUAGGCAGCGGUGUAGGGACAGUGCGUCUUUAUGACACAGAAGCCAAGAAAAACCUCUGUGAAAUCAACAUCGAUGAUGACAUGCCCAGAAUCCUCUCUCUUGCGUGUAGCCCCAACGGGGCCUCCUUCGUCUGUUCGGCUGCAGCGCCGAGCCUCAGCUCCCCGGCUGACUCCUUGGCACCAGACAUUGGCAGCAAGGGCAUGAACCAGGUUCCUGGCAAGCUACUGCUGUGGGACACAAAAACCAUGAAGCAGCAGCUCCACUUCUCUCUGGACCCAGAGCCAGUUGCCAUCAACUGUACAGCCUUCAAUCACAAUGGGAACCUGCUGGUGACAGGGGCGGCUGAUGGUGUCAUCCGGCUGUUCGAUAUGCAGCAGCACGAGUGUGCCAUGAGCUGGAGAGCCCACUGCGGGGAGGUCUACUCGGUGGAGUUCAGCUGCGACGAGAAUGCCGUGUACAGCAUUGGCGAGGAUGGCAAGUUCAUCCAGUGGAACAUCCACAAGAGCGGCCAGAAGGUGUCUGAGUACAGCCUCCCCUCCGAUGCCACGGGCCCCUUUGUCCUGUCUGGGUACAGCGGCUACAAGCAGGUUCAAGUCCCCAGGGGUCGGCUCUUCGCUUUUGACUCGGAGGGCAAUUACAUGCUGACGUGCUCUGCCUCAGGAGGUGUUAUCUACAAGCUGUGUGGCGAUGAGAAGGUUCUGGAGAACUGCUUGAGCCUGGGUGGCCACCGGGCGCCCGUGGUCACUGUGGACUGGAGCACUGCUAUGGACUGUGGAACCUGCCUCACUGCCUCCAUGGAUGGCAAGAUCAAGUUGACCACUCUUCUGGCUCAUAAACUCUGACAGUCCUGCCCGAGUGGCGCUGCAGGAGUAUCGUCUCGGUUGUGGCGAGAGACCAGAUGAGUGAGCAGUGCGCCCACUUUCAGCGCCCGGCCGUCAUUGCAGCAGCUCUUCAGGGAAAGACGGGCGCAGGGGCUCGGCCUGUCCAGCUGCCGAGACGAGCAGGAGCCUUGUCGGGAGGUGGCGUGUGCCUCCCAGGGACUGUGGGCUGCAAGCUCAGUAAGGAGAGUACAGUGGCAGCCGGUGUGCUGGCUCAGGAGGAUUGACAGUAUUUUGUAUAUUUAUUUUCUUCUUUUCAACUUUUUUAUUCUUUUUAAAGAAUGCCCUUGCAGCCUCUUUUAGGAUGUGUAUGUCAUUUUGCCUGGGGAAGGUCAGAUGUGGGCUCCCCGCCUUGGUUCUCCAACCUCAGCUCUCUCUCUUCACCUCCCCAGCCACGGGGUGGAACGCUGGCUUUGUCAGAGGUGAUUUGUGGGACACAGCACCCUCUUCGGCUAUCAAGCCAAGGUCAGAGCAUUCUCUGAUGGCCCUGAGAUUUGAAGACUUUGGUUACAGAACUUUUCCAGGCAAGCACAGGGCCUCAGGUCUCUGCCUCUGAGUGCCCCUCUCCACUAGGUGGUUCCUGGUCUUGGCAGGCAGUGCCAGCCACCUGCGCCCUCUGCUGGUGACUGGAAACAAGUUCAGCAAGCCAUCUGAGCCUGGACCAGCUGCGCCCGUGCCCAUGCCCCAGGCCUGCCCUUAACCCUGUGCCUGGGGAGACCUUGGAGACGCAUGUCUUCCACUGAGGGGAGGGACCAGCAGCCACCCUUUGGUCGUUCCUGCAUUCCACCACAGGCCAGGCUCACGUAGGAUCAUGACACGAGGCAGGGGCGAACCUGAACAGAGACUGCGCAGAGUAGUUUCAGUCCCAGUAAUUUGGGUCGCAGGCCAGCUGUGGGGCUGGAGUAGGAAUAACUUGUAGUUGCCCAGUUUGGGGAAAAGCAGGAAAGUACUAAGGUCUGUGAUUUCUUCUGCUGGGCUGAGGGAAGUGGAGGAGGUGGGUGGGAUGAUUAUGAAGAAACACCAGACAGUAAUAAGUAAGGAGUUGCCUGUUUUUGCCCAUUUCCACUACUGACAUGAAGAGAAUCAAGAAUUCCUGCUAUUUUCCCUCCGGGACUGAUCCAGCCUUGUCCCCCUCACCAAUUCUGCUGCACAUUUCCAGAGUGGUUCUGGGUUUCAUUUGAGUUGAGCGUUUGUUUUCGCGUGACUGGUCAUCUCAGUUUCUGUAUUAUGAGCCACUUCCUCCUGUCAGUGUUGUUCCCCCAGUUUGCGGAAGUGGCUUUAAGGAUCACAGAGGCACAAGGAAUCAAGGAGAACACUCUCAAACUGGGUGUUCUUCCCCACCCCACCCCUUCAGGAAGAACAUUCAUCCUCAAAUAAAGUAUGUUGAAACCUAAACUCUCCUUCCAAGCCUGCUCUAGGCAUCCACCUGAGAAUUUAAGCAAGGCUCCCCGCCCCCACUGUCUUGGAUGAGGGCGGCCUGGAAGAUCACUGUUCAAUCCAGCCGGGCCUCAGGCCCAGAGCUUGCACACCUGCAGGGCCUUGAGGGCCUUGCCUGGCACCCUGUGUGGAGAGCUUGACAGGUGCAUUUCCCUUUUUCCCUCACCUGGCCGUCACCCCAAGCUCAGCAACAAAUCCAUCCCCCUUGGUGUGGCAUUCCAGUGCCCAGGAGUUGAGCAUGAUGUCUGGAAAUACAGCAUAAAUGCGUUGUGGACUGAAUAGAUGUUGAUGGACACUGUUACCUCACUCUAUAAUAAAGCAUACAACUUGAAAUGUUUAUUUAAAAAGAA